GUAAAGAAAAUUAUGUGGAAAACACUGCUGAGGAUAGAGCUGGGAGCAGCAGGGAACCAGGCCCCUUGCGUGCUCCCCUUCCUUCUUCCCGGACUCCGCUAUGGGUCCUCUUCGGCUAUUGAUCAGCACCACGAACUGGCCAGGGAGCGAUCUAAGACAGUUACCUCUUUCUACAAUCAAUCUGCCAUUGAUGCAGCCGCUGAAAAGCCCUCUGUGAGGUUGACACCCACCACCAUGUUGUAUUCUGGACGUUCUCAAGAUGGCAGCCACCUUUUGAAAAGCGCCCGUUACCUGCACCAUGAGCUGCCGGUCCGUAUUGCUCACCGCAUCAAAGGGUUUCGAAGCCUUCCCUUCAUCAUUGGCUGCAACCCCACCAUCCUCCAUGUGCACGAGCUUUAUAUUCGAGCCUUCCAGAAACUGAGUGAAUUUCCCCCAAUCAAAGACCAAGAAUCCGAGGCCCAGUACUGCAAACUGGUCCGACAGCUCCUGGAUGACCACAAGGACAUUGUCACACUGCUGGCGGAGGGCUUGCGGGAAUGUCGCAAACACAUCCAGGACGAGAAGGUGAUCCGUUCUUUUCUGGACAAGACCCUCACAUCCCGCUUAGGCAUCCGGAUGCUGGCUACUCACCACCUGGCCUUGCAUGAGGACAAACCAGACUUUGUCGGAAUCAUCUGCACCCGCUUGUCGCCAAAGAAAAUAAUUGAAAAAUGGGUAGAUUUUGCCAGGCGCCUGUGUGAACACAAGUAUGGGAAUGCGCCUCAGGUGCGGAUCAAUGGGCACGUGGCGGCUCGCUUCCCUUUCAUUCCGAUGCCCCUGGAUUACAUCCUUCCAGAGCUGCUCAAGAACGCAAUGCGCGCUACUAUGGAAUCUCACCUGGAUACCCCAUACAACGUGCCAGACAUUAUCAUCACGAUUGCCAACAAUGAUAUUGACCUCAUUAUAAGGAUUUCAGACCGAGGAGCAGGAAUCCCUCAUGAUCACGUUGACAAGGUCAGCGAUUACCACUUUACCACGGCUGAAGCGAGCACUCAGGACCCCCGCCUGAACAGCGUCUUUGGGAACAUGGUGGAAAUGGGGAACAGUGCCCAGUCGGGCCCCAUGCACGGGUUCGGCUUUGGCUUGCCAACGUCCCGGGCUUACGCUGAAUAUCUAGGUGGUUCCUUGACCCUCCAGUCGCUCCAGGGCAUUGGCACAGAUGUCUACCUCCGUCUCAAACACAUCGAUGGCAAAGAGGAGAGUUUCCGCAUUUAGAAAGACCCCUUCCUUGCUUCCGGAGAAAGCUUUUAAUACCCCACACACACACCAAACCCACGUUGGCAUGGAUUCCACCACCAUUUUUCUCAUCUGGAUUCCUAAGCAUCUGCUGUGCUCCCCUCACGAGGCACUUUGAUCCUUUGGGACACCUAGAUGGGGUGAGAAAGGAACAGAGGGCUUCCUCUCCCGCGUGGUUGCUGUUCAGUACACUGCUUCCUGGUGCGUCCUCUAGUCCUGCGUUGGUGCAUCUUCGGUGGUCCUCAAGGGGCCUCUUGAACCCAAGUAACCCAAAGCAUCACUCUCUCUCUCCCUCCCACGUGGAAGUGCUCAAGGCCACCAACAGCAUCCGAGCAAAGCAGUGUUGUUUCUCCAUCAUCUUCUUGCACACUGCCAACCCCACCUGUGGCCUUGUCCCAACCUUCUCUGGUUGACUUUUGACGUAUUUGAAGAUGCAUGGCGAAAGGAGGUGCCCCCCCUCACGCGUCACGCACGGAGAUCCCACUCAACACUUCAUCUCUGUGGAUGGGCUCUGAUGACAGGAUGGGGCAUCUGAAGAGUCCUCCCUUGCUACCAUCUAAGAUUUGGAGGCGGGUUUUCUUUUUGGGAAUUAGAAUCUACCUGUCGGUCGGCAAAGGGACUUUUCAUGGUGCACCACAGUGAAAGAUGAUGGCUUAGGGGGGUGAAAAAUACGACGUGGCCCCCUUUUGCAAUCCAGGCUACGGAUUCCACAAGGUCCUGCCUCUUCCCGAGGCAACGUAUUUUAUUGGCACCUUUCCUCUCUGCCCUUGAUCUUACGGAUGUCACUUACCUGACUAUUAAAUCCAGAAUAAGA